AUGUCUGUCGAUGGCGUCUUUGCCGGCGACUUUGUGGGAGAGGUGACUGAGCUCGGUAGCAAAGUUGCUAAACUCUCCAAAGGUGACCUUAUUGUGGGAUUGAUUUGGGGUGGUCGGUCUGCACGCAGUCGCCAUGGCUUGGCCCUCUUCUCUAAGGGAUAUCUAAACGUUGACCGCUCCAAAUCCACCGGGACUAGCGUGCUGGUGUGGGGUGGAAGUUCAAGCGUUCGGAUUGUAAACGAUUCAACUCGCUUCCAUCUGGGGCUUGGACGUGACGACCACCUGCAGUCCGCACCAGACCUGGUUCAGUCCUAUGGUGCCAAACAGGUCUUCGACUACAAUGAUCCAGAGGUGAUCGAGAAGAUCAAUGAGGUUGCACCCGAUCUCCGGCAUAUUUUCGAUACUAUUGGAAAUGGACAUUCCUCGACCACCUCGUCCCGGGCGUUUGGCGACCGCGAGGGAAAUCUAUGCACUGUUCGCCCGGGAAAAGCAACCACAGAACAUGUCACACGCAACGCGCAGGUUACAGAUGUGCUAGCCUGGACUGCAUUCUGGAAAGACCAUCGAUACGCCCGCCUUCAUUGGCCGGCCUCAAAGGACGACCAUGAACUCGCCAGUGAGCUCUUUGAGAAGUUGCCCGCGUGGCUGGAGUAG